UUUAUUUCAACGUGAAUGGUUUGGUCCUGGUUUGAACUUGAACGUUGACGCAGACGUCAUUUAAACGGCUGAUACAUUCACUGUCAGUCUGACGUUUCACUUCUCGAGUCAUUUAAAAAUCAACACCGGAAAUGUCUGGUCAAAGAGAAGAGCCCUUUGAUGAUUCCCCAGCUGACCUUCCCAGUCUGGAAAAACUCAACUCUCCUACAGGGAGUCCACCCACUGCCUCAUUAUCCAGUCUGAUGGAGCUGGAAAACUGUGUUUCCAACCUGAGCCUUGCGCAUGAGAUAGUGGUGAAUGGAGACUUCUGCAUCAAACCAAAAAGCCCUCCCACUGACAGCCUGGAGGGCAGAGUGACAGACAUCAUUCACCGGGCGUUUUGGGACAGUCUGCAGGAACAGCUGAGCAGCGAUCCCCCAAACUACAGCCAAGCAGUUAUCCUGCUGCAGGAGGUCAAAACUAUGCUUGGGUCGCUGCUGCUGCCUGGUCACGUCAGGUUGAGGUCUCGGCUGGAUGAAGUUCUGGAUAUGGAGUUGAUCCAGCAGCAGGUCCAACAUGGAGCGCUGGACCUCCACAGGCUGGCAGGAUUUGUCAUAAAUAUGAUGGCAUCUUUAUGCGCUCCUGUGCGUGACCCCGAGGUCAGGACACUGCGAGACCUCAAAGAGCCCGUGGAGCUCCUUCGGGGUAUCUUCCACGUCUUGGGACUGAUGAAGAGCGACAUGGUUAACUUCAGUAUCCAGAGCCUGAGGCCUCAUCUACUGCAGCAGGCUGUGCAGUAUGAGAGAGCCAAAUUUCAGCAGAUCCUGGACAAGCAGCCAGCUUCUCUAGACAACACAGCUGCUUGGCUUGUGGCGGCAGCGUCCGAGGAGGCGGCGGCGCUCCCAGCUCAGUGUGACUCUCCCGGUCCUGACAGUCGAGCUCUCCCCAGCGCCACUGCUAUUCUCAACCGCGCCUACAUGCAUCUGCUCCACUGGGACCCGCAUGACCAGAAAUAUCCCGAGAGCAUGCUGAUGGACCGGUCCCGCCUGGACGCUCUGAGCCAGCAGCUCCAGAUGUUGGUCCUGGAGGCCUCCGUGUUGCUCCUGACCGCCACUCACUGUCGGGGCGUCACUUUCUCCCUGCAAGGGUUUGUAGGUAAACUCAAGCAGACGAUCACUGCCCUGCUGGAGGGCAGUCACACCAGGGAAGCUGACCUGAAGAGGGCCCUGUUGGAGCUGGGGGAGGCGGUGCUGCAGCAGGUGAAAGAAGCUCUGAGCACCCAGGGGGGAGGAGAGUUUCCUCAGGAGAGCCAGGAUCUGCUGAGAGGACAAAUAUCUGACCUGUGGAAGAUUAACAACCCCGUCCGCACACUUAUAGGAGAAAGAGUUCAGGGCUUCCUCCUGGCCAUGCUGCCAGGCGGCUCGGCUAAAAGGCGUCCAGAGCUGCAUUUUCCCCUCCGGCUGGUGAGUUCCGAGCUCGCAGAGUUGGGGACGGCCUUUGGGCAAAUUGUCCACUUCAAUCGGAACGUCUUCGGUCCCUUCUACGCACCCAUCCUCAAGAAGCUGCUGCUGCCGUCAGGAGAGAGAGAAACUGGAGAGGACUCGCGCUGAGAUGGGGCAGAACCAAAAAACCCAGUGACAUGAUCAUAAGCUAGCAUUUUGUUACAACUUUGCUUUUUAAUUAUGAGUGUUGGGUGAGCUUGAGAUGAAAAUCUGGAAAUUUUUGUGUUGCUGAACUUCUUUAGUUAUAUUUAGAGUGUACAGAAACUGAAUAUUUUCUCAAAUGUUAAAGAGUGUGAGUGAAAGCAUAAGGCAAUUACUGAAUUCUAACAAAUUUGUGUUCAUAAAACAAGAAUAUGUAGCAGAAAUAAAUGGCAAGAGAUCAAAAUGGAAAGACAAAAAUAUAUGCUAAAAUAUUGUAAAUAUGUUAUUCAAUGCUUUACCUUGUUUGAUGUUGAUGAAUGUUUAUGUAUGAAUUACCAAAGACAUUGCGCACUUUUCUUUUAUUUCUUUUUAUUCUUCUUUUGCACCUUUGAUUAUAAACCAGAUAUAUAUACUGUUAUAAGGGAAUUGUGUAAAUAAACAGGAUUUUAUUGGGAAAUAAAAUGUUUUUUUUCCCCCUUUUUCAUAUAUAUCACAGCCAUUCAAACAGCUCAAAUUACAGAACAGAUAAAUAAAAAUACAUGAAUCUCAAACAAAUACUCUUAGAGAAAAACUAUAUUUAAAAAUAAUGAACUGAGUAAAAUAAGCAUCUUACAGAGGGACUUCAUAAUAAUGUGUGCUGCUUUCAUUUUGGGGUUUCUUUGUAGUAAUAAAAUAAAUAAUAAAAUUUGUUUAUAUUUUG